AUGGACCAAACACAUGCCCGGGCCUUGGAGGCUCUGCAGCCCUUCGUCGCCCUAGCCACAUCCAACAGUGCGACAUCUCCGCGCUUCGUGGCCAACAUUGUUACAAAUGCCACGUCGAGCCCCCAAACGUACGUCUUCGCCGAGCUGCUAGAGACACCAACCAUCCAGGCCCUGGCCGCCUCCGAUACCCCCGCAGAGUACCAGAGCUACCUGAAGCUGCUAGAGAUAUUCGCAUGGGGCACAUGGCAGGAGUACCAAGCAACCCCCAACCUCCCCAAGCUGAGCACCGAGCAAGCCCUUAAGCUCCGCCUCCUCUCCCUCCUCACCCUCGCCGCAACCACAAAGCCCCUCACCUAUCAAGCCCUCAUGAAAGCUCUCUCCCUCUCCACAACCGCUGAGCUCGAAGCCCUCGUCACAACCGCUAUCUACGCCAAUCUGAUCUCCGCCCGUCUGUCCCCUGCCUCAACCCCACCCACUGUCAACGUCACAUCCGUCGCACCCCUGCGCGAUGUGCAAUCUCAGUCUCUACCCAAGAUGGUCUCCCUCCUCACCGAGUGGGAGGCCCGUUGCGGCAACGUAGUCACAGACCUGGAAGCGGAGAUCGCGCGGGUGAAGGCCAAUGCCCAGAAGCGCUAUGACAAGGAGCAGGCGCACCAGGCCCUCCUGGAUCAUGCAGUGCAACGGCGGCAAGCCGAGACGGGCCGCGAGGGCGGUGGGAAUGUCGGGAAUGGGCGAGCAAGUAAGUCUGGGAUUGGGCGACGGCUUGCGGGGCGGAUGGGAUUUGGGGUUGGAAGCAACAAGCGGGACGCUGAUGAUAUUGAUGUGGAUGAUGGCUUUGUCUCCGGAGAUAACGGGGAUUCCGGGUCACGCAUGGACAUCGACGAAGGCGCGGGCAUGGGGCGCGGGGGGAGCAGGCAGUCGAAGCGGAUACUGGGGCGGAAGGCUUAG